AUGGCAGCCUCUAACACCUCCUCCGGCUUCAAAUAUGCCUCCAAACUCUCCAACCAGCGCGUGCUCAUCCUCGGCGGUACCUCCGGCAUCGGCUUCGCCGUCGCCGAAGCCUCUCUCGAAGCCGGUCUCCUCGUAACCAUCAGUUCCUCCUCCUCAUCCAAACUCUCUGCAGCCCUAGACCGCCUGCGCUCUUCCCCCGCCUACGUCCCCUCCAAUCUUUUUGCAGCCACCGCCACCACCUCCUCCUCGUCUUCUUCCCAACCCUCGUUAGCAAGCGGCGGCAUCCCCCGUCUCACCGGUUUUACGUGCGACCUCUCCGACCCGUCAACCGUCGAACAAAGCCUCAAGCACCUGCUAGACCAAUCCACGCUCGACGGCUGGCACAAGUUCGACCACGUCGUCUUCACGGCCGGCGACGCCCUGAGCCUGAACCCCAUCUCGCAAAUCACACCCGCGGGGUUCGAAAAGGCCGCAUCCGUGCGGUUUACCGCGCCGCUUAUCCUGGCCAAACUUCUGGCGUUGGAGGACAAAUACUUCAGCCACUCCGUGUUUAGUUCAAUCACGUUCACGGGGGGCACCAACACCGAGAAACCGUCGCCUGGGUGGAGCGUGGUAGCAGCUGUUGGAGGAGCGCUGGAAGGGUUGGUGAGAGGAUUGGCGGUUGACCUUAAACCGACGAGGGUUAAUCUGGUUAGUCCGGGUGCGGUGCAGACUGAACUGUUUGAGUCGUUUAAGGAGAAGGGCGAGCAGUCGUUGGAACGCGUGCUGGAGGGGUUCAAAAAGAGGACGUUGACGGGCACGGUGGGUAGGCCGGAGGAUGUGGCGGAGGCGUAUUUGUAUUUUAUGAGGGACCGGUUUGUGACGGGGAGGGUGUUGGGGACUGAUGGGGGGAGGGUUUUGGUUUAG